CGCUCUGGCUAGGACGAUUUUGUAGACGGGGGGAGGGUUGCAGAGGCGGAGGAGGGCAGGGGUUAAGAAGGGUUUGUGCGAGUGGCCAGUGCAUGAAAUUAAUCCGGAGGGACGUCCGGAUUACUUUCAGCAGCAGAUUCUGCAACAAGCUCGGCUGAUGCGAGUGCGAGAGUAGGAGGCAUGGCGGCAGUCGGGAACGCAGCAGUGGAGCAAGGUGGGGAGUCUGACAGAGAGACUUUCGAGGAGGGAGAUAAUGUGCUGUUAGAUGAGAACGAGCAGGACGAUGUGUUUGAGGACGCGCCAGCGGGAGUUGUGCAACAGACCGGGCAGCAACAACAGGAGCACGAGCGCGGGAGCAGCGACGGGCGGGACCAGGCUGCAGGUGGGCUUCAAAUCCGAGUCCGAGCGCCUGUUACUGACGAAACUGAAGAGAAUGAUGCUGUGGAAGAUGAUGGAGAGGCAAGCUUUGGUAGCGGUGAGAGUUUUAAUAGUGCUUUGGAGCGAAUGGCGUCCUCCUCCGCCGCGAGCUUCGAUACCGCCAGCCCUAAAAUUUCUUCUCCGGUAGGUUCUUUGUCCGGCCCUGCCGUGCUUGGAGAUCCUCCCGAGAAUAUGAGCGUGGCUCAACAAGGCGCACUCAUGCGACUCAAUGCGAUGCUUAAGGGAGAGCCUUCAUUAGAUACCUCCGUAAUCGAUAAUUCCAGUGAGGAGAAGUUUAGGCAGCGUAUUGCUGAACUAGCAGAAAGUCGUAACCAAUCCGCGGAAGAUGCUAGCUUUGGUAGCAUUGUAGACGCUCUGCUGCCCUUGGUUCUUGAGAAGUCUAGCGCUGCUGAAAAACAGUCUGAUUUGAAAUCGGAGGAUACUGUGAGCCAAGCUGACAAUACCCCUCUAGCCUCGUCUGUAGAGUCGAAAGAGGUUCAAAGCCCCAUGCCUAAAGCAAAACUUAGUGCUGAGGAUGAAUCUUAUCUGACUGAUGAAGACGAUAUUGAUAGUGACGGCCCAGUCGCCGAAAUUGAUACUGAAGAGAAUGGCGAUUACAAGCCGGAAGAGAAGUUCGAUGAUGAAAAUGAUGUUGAGAAGGAAGACGAACGUCAAGAGGACGCUGCCACAGGGGAUGUCCAAAUUGCAGAGAUUCCCGAAGUAGGGUUCCAGGAGCCAGCGCAGCAGGAAAUUUCUGCGAGCACUGAUAGAGAACUGGCACCGGAGCUGCCCGUUGCAGUCGCGAGUACCCUAGAGGCGGAAGAUGAUAGCCAAAUCCAGGAUUCGAAGGAAGAGGAGGUCGGCCCAGAAGCUUUGGCCGGGGCUGAGGAUUCUAUAUCACAAUACGGAAGCGGCGAUGAGGCCGACAUGCCGGAGGAUGUGGUUAGUACCAGCGAAUCCCCUGCCGAUAUACCAGAAGAUUCUACGAGGGUGCGAGCAAUGCCCACAGCGAAGCUGACAACAGAGGAUGAUGAGGCAUCACCGAGCGAGGGUGAAGAAGAGGAGAGGGAAAAUGGAGAUGAGCCGGACGACGAUGUUGUAGAGGAGUUAAUUAUAGAUGACAACGACGACGAAGAUGACCAUGACAGCUUUGAAGAAGCGGUCGAAGAAGAGGAAGUCCAGGAUGUACCUCUGAAGAUAAGGGCAAUUCCAGAUCCCGAACCCGUACCUACGUACUCAUCUAUUCUGUCUGGACGUGGAGCUGAACCCAAAGUCGAAGACACUGUGGUAGAGAGUGAAGUGGACGCAGCGAACGGUGACAAAGUAGAAGCAGAGUCUGAAGACAAGGAUACCCUUGCAACUUCAGAAUCUGAGGAAGUAUCUAAAGAUGUGCCGUCUGAACCAGAGCAUGUUCCCAAAGAUGUGCCGUCUGAACCAGAGCAUGUUCCCAGCGAGGGAGUUGUAGCCGAGGAAGAACAGAAAGUGAGUAGUUUGCCCGAAGCCGAGCCAAAGGAAGAGCCCGAAACAGAUGUAAGAGAAUUUCUUUCGGCUGUCGAGGAUGUGUCUCUUCCCUCUGCAGAUUCAGCAGUGGAGAAAGAGCAGGCCCAAAACCCCGAGGAGUCCAGUGCAAGUGUGGAGGAGCAUCCUACAUCAAGCCCUCUUUCUCAAAGACUUGAAGAUGUCUCGGAUGACGCUAUCGCCCAAAAUACAGCAACAGUCGUAGCUCACAAUCCCGAAGAGAAUGAGGAGUCAAGGGUAUCUGGUCAGAACAAUGUUGAAGGUGUUGAGGAGGAGCAUGAAACUGCCGCUGAAAUCGUAGCAGAUAACAAACCUGUAGGCUUGGGGGCUUUGGAAGACUCCAGCACUGAAGUAGCCCCAGAGAAAGAGCCUAGCCAACCUACAGCAGAAUUCAGCAUUUCCCCAUCCAAGUUCAAGACUGAAUUACAGGACGAGACAAUGUCUCAGGAUGCAGAUGACAGAGAAGACGGUGAUAAUGGAGGAGAUUGGGAUGAGGAGAUUGAGGAAGACGAUGAUGAGGAUGCUGAUGCCAUUUUGGAAAGCUCUUCAGCUUUAGCUGCUUUGGUUCGUGCUGCAGAUGCACCAGGUGGUGGUGAGGCUGAUACUCCCUCGUUGGGUGCUGCAGGGCCCUCAUUGCCUGCACGACCUACUCGCAUUGGCAGGUCUGCACCAUCUUUGGAUCCAGCCCCUCGCGCUGCACAACCGCGCAGCACUGGAGCUGCAAGUACUCAAUUGUCCACCUCUGAUGAGAACCAGGCAAAUGGAGAAGCCGGUGAUGGUAACGAGGAGACGAGGGAGAAGCUCCAGGUAAUCAGGGUGAAGUUUUUGCGCCUUGCCCUUAGAUUAGGCCAGUCUGCACACAAUGUAGUUGUUGCCCAAGUUCUGUACAGGUUGGGUUUGGCUGAGCAGCUGAGAGGUGGCCGGAGCUCUAGCCGCAGUGGAGCUUUCAGCUUUGAUAGGGCGAGUGCGAUUGCUGAAGAGCAAGAGGCAGCUGGUCCGGAAGAGCUUGACUUUACUUGCACAAUCAUGUUACUGGGUAAGACUGGUGUCGGAAAAAGUGCCACUAUCAACUCCAUAUUUGAUGAGCCGAAGACAGGCACCAAUGCUUUUAUGCCUUCAACCAAAAAGGUCCAGGAGAUUGUGGGACAUGUCCAUGGUAUCAAAGUAAGGGUAAUCGACACUCCAGGACUUUUACCAUCCGUUGCCGACCAGCGUCACAACGAGAAGAUCAUGGCUUCAGUUAAGAGGUUCAUCAAGAAGUCACCUCCUGACAUUGUUCUUUAUUUUGAUCGUCUCGACAUGCAAAGCCGGGACUAUGGGGAUUUGCCAUUGCUGCGGACUAUCACUGACACCUUCGGGGCUGCCGUGUGGUUCAAUGCCAUUGUUGUUCUGACGCAUGCUUCGUCUGCACCUCCUGAUGGACCUAAUGGACUUCCCCUCAGCUACGAGAUGUUUGUUGCACAGCGAUCUCAUGUCGUCCAACAGACAAUUCGUCAGGCUGCCGGAGAUAUGCGCCUUAUGAAUCCCGUGUCUCUUGUUGAGAAUCAUACUGCUUGCAGGAUGAACAGGGCAAGGCAGAGAGUGCUUCCCAAUGGGCAAGUGUGGAAGCCUCAACUCCUGCUUCUUUGUUUCGCUUCCAAGAUUCUGGCGGAGGCCAAUUCACUUUUAAAGUUGCAAGACAACACUCCAGGGAGGCCAUUUGGGGCUCGCCCAAGGGUUCCUCCUCUUCCAUUCCUUCUGUCAUCCCUUCUUCAGUCCCGGGCACAGUUGAAGUUACCCGAUGAGCAAAUGGGUGAUGACGGUGAGUCAGAUGAAGAGUUAGAUGAUGAUGAGUCUUCUGACGAGGAAGAAGAUUAUGAUCAGUUGCCUCCGUUCAGGCGUCUUGCUAGAGAAGAGGUUGCUGAGCUAGAUGAAGAUAAUCGAAGGAAGUACUUUGAAGAGCUUGCCGAGAGGGAGAGGUUGUUUCAGAAAAAACAGUGGAAAGAAGAGUUGAAGAGGAGAAGGGAAGCGAAAAGGAGGAUGGCUGAUUCACCUAGAGGCGAUCAGCCACAACUUGCAGAUGAAGGUGCGGACGACGACAUGGGAAGGUCAGCAGCCGUGCCGGUACCGAUGCCUGAUAUGGCACUUCCGCCAUCCUUCGAUUCAGACAAUCCCAGCCAUAGGUAUCGGUACCUGGAGACUGCCAAUCAGUGGGUUGUCCGCCCAGUGCUGGAGACACACGGAUGGGACCACGACAGUGGUUACGAUGGAUUUAGCGUGGAGAAGAUGUUUGUCGUCUCUGAGAAAAUUCCUGCCUCAGUGUCUGGUCAGAUUACGAAGGACAAGAAGGAAGCAAACUUGACUAUGGAAUGUGCUGCAUCAGUGAAGCAUGGAGAAGGAAAGGUCACAUUGGCAGGGCUUGAUUUACAGACGAUCGGGAAAGAUUUGGCUUACACCCUCCGCAGUGAGACACGAUUCAGCAACUUCAAAGGAAACAAAACAACUGGAGGACUGGCUCUUACUCUUCUUGGCGAUACUAUUGCCGCGGGAAUGAAGAUUGAAGACAGGCUGAUCGUUGGUAAGCGCUUGAAGUUGGUACUUAAUGGUGGCGCCAUUACUGGACGAGGUGAUGUGGCAUAUGGAGGAAGUCUUGAAGCAACCCUGAGAGACAAGGACUAUCCUCUGAGUCGUACUUUGUCUACCCUUGGGCUUUCAAUCAUGGACUGGCAUGGUGACUUGGCCAUUGGUGGAAACCUACAGUCCCAGAUGGUCGUGGGCAAAACGAUGAUGGUGGGUCGAGCCAACCUAAAUAAUAGAGGAGCAGGGCAAAUCAGCAUUCGAGCCAGCAGUUCAGAGCAGUUGCAAAUGGCACUGAUUGGGCUCCUCCCGAUCAUACGUUCUCUUGCUAACCGUUUGUUCUUCUCUCAAUCACAACAGUAGGUAACGAACCUGUUUCAGGGAACAGAGAUAAACUGGAGUUUAGGAAGAUACACCACUGAUAAGUCCAAUUAUACCGGUGCUUGUAAUUGUAGGUCCGUUCACGAAUGUGGCUUUUCCGAGCUGUAUAGCUAUGUGACCGCAAGUUUACAAUCUUUACCUGUCAAUGUUCCUGUGCUCGAGAAUUUUGUAGAAUGUUCGGCCGAGAACACAUCUCUUGCUGAGAUUGUUGGAGAGGACUUCCAUCUGUCUAAGUAGGUAACAGUUUUGCUUUGGGUUUUUUAGGACUGGUUUUCACUAGGUAAGAGGCUGCUUCUUUUAUUGAGAGCAGAUGAUGAAUAGGAAUGAAUCUAGUGCCAGUACUUGGCUCCCACAAUUAAGGCUUUCUUCUAUAGGCUGAACGGAGGGAGUACGAAUCUUUGAGAAGUAGAUACCACAAAUGCUAUGAAAGUAAGGCUGUUUUGAUAAACCAACAACGAGAAAUCGAUUCUUGGAAGAGCAGUACAGUCGGUCACUUUCUCUAUCGCGAUUUGAGUUGAAUAAUAUUGAUUAUCAUCCAUUGUUGUUUCUCCCGGAUAUUGGAACAAUUUAUAAGUGAACAU